ACCAGAAAGAUUGUUGAAAAAUGGCCGCCUUGACUACAGUAGUGGUGGCCGCUACUGCGGAAGCCGAAUCUCGCUCUUUAGCCACUUCACUUGCGACCGCGGGAGUAUCGCAGGUGAAAUCCCCUGCCAUUAUGCUGGAGCCCACAGUGCGGAUUUCCGUCACCGCUCAGCAUCCGGGCGUCCCUGUGUCCUUGGUCAGGAACGACAGCUAUUUAGGUACUCAAGAUGGAAUUCGACCUUGUCAGUUUCAUAACUGGAAGCAGAAAGCUGAUCAGGCCAAGAAAACUGAAUUUAUACGUACAGCAGAAAAGUUUAAAAAUCAAAUUGCUAAUAUAGAGAAAGAUAAACAUGGUUAUCUCUACAACAAAAAGAAUGACUUCAGAAUUGAUUUUAUUGUGUUGGAAGAACUUGAACAUAAGCUGAUUAACAGCAGGAAAACAGAAAAAGCUAAAAUACAACAACACUUGACAAAAAUACAUAACCACAUAAAGAGACUUCAACAGCAGUUGAAAGAUGUAAAAUCUACACCUGAAUUUGUUGAAAAACUGAGAGAAAUGAUGGAAGAAGUUGAAAAUGCAAUUAAUACUUUUAAAGAAGAGCAGAGACUGAUACACAACAAAACGCCAAAUCAAUAUGAAGAUCUUAUUAAAGAAGAGAAAAUAACUACUAAUGAACUCAAUGCUUUAGAAAGAAAAAUUGAGACCUGGCCAGUGACUAAUUCAGGAACAGAAAGACUUUUCAAGGAAUCAUCAAGCAAAGUUCCUUUGGACUUACUGAUGCCAAACAAUCUUCCUGAAGAAGUAGUAGAUUUUGAAAAGUUCCUUCAGCAAACAGGAGGGCGAAAAGGAGGAUGGGAUGAUUAUGAUCACCAGUGUUUUCUAAAAGUGAGAAAUAAGCACAAAGGGAAGCCAAGCUAUAUAAAAGAAAUUCUAGUGUGUUUGCCUGGAAGGACAGAAGAUGAAGUUCAACUACAUGAAAAAUGGUAUCAAAAAUUUCUCUCUUUAGAAGAAAGAAAAAAAGAGUCUAUUCAGAAGUGGAAAACAAAGAAGCAGCAAGGAAAAAAAGAAAUGUUUAUUUUAAAAGAAAAAUCAGAGGAUGCACUUAAUGAUCUUCAACAAGAUGUCCAAAAACAAAAAGAGGAACAAAGAAAGAAACAGAAAUUAGCAAUUGAAGCCUGGAAAAAGCAGAAAAUCAUGGAAUUAUCAAUGAAACAAGCAUCUCAGUUAAGAGAAGAAGAGGAAAAAGAGAAAAAGCAACAGAGAGAAUAUCAGCGCCAAUUUCACUUAAAAUUACUACUAGAAAAAUAUACUCAGCAGAAGAAAGAACAAGAGGAAUUGUUGAAACUUGAAAAAGAGAUGAAAGAGAAGGCUGAAAGAGAAGAAAAAAGAAAAAUGGCUCUAAAUGAAAUUAUUAGGUUUCAAGAGAGGGAUUUACAUAAACUUGAAUUAAAAAUUCUGGAAAGACAAACAAAGACAAAGGAAAAGAGAGAAAAAGAAAGAAGAUUGGAAAAAUUAAAGGAAAAGGUUGAAAUUAAUGUUAGUCGGGAUCCAUCCAGAUUGUACAAACUUACCAAAGGAUGGGAAGAACGUACAAAAGAGAGAGGUCCAACAGGUGCAGGACCUCUUCUGCAUAUACCACAUAGGGCUAUUCCCACCUGGAGACAAGGAUUGUAGAAGAGAAUUUAACAAAUUGAUAUUGCCAUCCAAUUGAUGUAAAUAUUAAUAUAUCCUUUACAUAGGAAAAUAAAUGAUUUCUAUAA